AUGUCUUCGAACAAUUCGUCAUUUAUCGUUGAAAGUCCACCUAAUGCACAUGAGAUCGUAGAUUUAACUACAACCACAUCUCCUACUCUUCAUAUAACCUCACCUUCAGGCGAUGAUUUCUCAUCAAUUACUAAUGAAUUUACAACUGAACGAGUGUGUCGUUUAUUAAGCAAGAAUCCAGAAAAUUAUAAAGUGAUUAAAAAUACAAAGAAUAAUUUAACGUCUAUAUGUUGGAAUCUCUUUGGUAUCCCGACUAGAAAAAUCCUUGGAACAGAAGAAUUUGAACCAAUUCAAGGUUUUGUUAGUUGUGAAUCCUGCUUUCAAACAUAUGCAUUUUCAUCUACUUCUGGUACACGAGUACUUAAUUCGCAUACAUGUGUUCAGAAGUUUUCUUCUGGAACAAGAAAACGAUCUUCUUCUGAAAGUGGAACUAAUCAUCAAAUGAAAUUAGAAACAAUUACAAAAUCUUAUAAAGAUGUUCGUUUACCAGAGAAACCAAUCAAUAUAAUCAAAGAAUUAACAUGUAAAUGGGUAUGUCAAGAUAUGAGACCGUUUUCAAUUGUAGAAGAUAUUGGAUUAGAAAAUUUAUUACAAGAAUUCAUUAAUAUAGGUGCUACAUAUGGAAAAAUUAAUGUAAAAAAUGUUCUUCGUGGUGCAGAUGUAGUUGCAAAACAAGUUUACAAAUUAGCUGAUGAUUAUCGUGCUGAAUUACGAGAAUUGUUGAAAGAACCGUAUGAAAACAACUGUAUUUGUGUUAGUCCUGAUAUGUGGUCUGAUCCAUAUAAACAAAUUUCAUAUAUGGGAAUAUCAAUUUCAUUUACUGAUAAAAAUUUUAUUUAUAAAUCGGUUGAUAUAUGUUGUCGACCAUAUCUACAACAAGACCAUACCGGUUCAAACAUUCUGCUGUCUAUUCAGCAAUGCUUAGAACCAUUUGGUUUAAUUGAUUUCGAUAAACUAACAUUUGUAUCGGAUCGUGGACCUAACUUAGUGUGUGCUUUACGUCGUUAUAAUACAUUAUUUUGUUAUCCACAUCGUCUAAACAACAUUUUAAAACGCUCUUUUUUUCAAACAGAACGUCAAGAGAAAAAGAAAAAAGACAUAUCGUCAGAAAUACAGAGUAAAAACUUCACUGGAAACAUCACAGCAAAUAAUACAAUUAAUUCAUCUUCAAAUGAUGGAGAUGACAGUUGUUCACCUUCAACUUCUUCUUCUGAUGAUGAUGAUGAUGUAGGUAAAACUCAACCACUUCUUCCAAUCAAAUAUAAAAAAAACAACAAAAAUGAAUUAUUAAUGUCAAAAUCUGUUAAUGAUCCACGGAAAAUGAAGUCGAAAGAUUUACACCCAUCUGCUCAACAAAUCAUUAAUACUAUCACUCGAUGUAAAAAUUUAGUUCGAUAUGUAAAAAAGAGUGGUUGUAACAAAGAUAUUCAAUCAAAUGGUGGUGUUGCUUUACAGCAAUCGACUGUGGUUCGUUGGUUAUCUUUAAUCAAUCUACUUGAAAGUAUCGUACGUUCUUACAAAGCAACUAAACGAGUUUUAAUUAAUCGUAAACAGAAUUCGAAGUUAAAUGGAAUCGAUGUUGAAAUUCUGAAGGAAUUAAUUCGUUUAUUAAAACCCUUCAAACAUAUUUUGAAGAUAGUUCAAACUACAAAUACACCUUCAUUGUAUAUGGUGCUGAUUUGUACUCUUAUGUUAAGAAAGACUUUAGGUUCGUUUGAAGAAUUAUUAGAAUUUCAUCAAUCCGAACCACCAACAAAUGAUUCAAUUGAUGAUGAAAAUAGUAAUUCUCAUGCAAUAGAAGAUACUAUUGAAAGUGAAGGAAUACAAAUUCUUCGCUUACGUAUAUUGGAAUUGUUGAACAUGAUGUUCGAACUAGACGUUCGUCAUUAUGCUUCGACAUUACUUCAUCCUAGAUAUCGUAAACUUAAAGAUUGUACAAAAACUGAACGUGAACAAACGUAUACAUACAUUCGUAAAUGUAUGAAAGAAAUAGAAAAGGAAGAUAAAAAGAAGCAACAACAAGAUCGUGAACCACCACAAAAGAAGAGAAAACUUGCACAAUCAUUUCUUCAACAAUUUGAAGAUGAUAGUGAUUAUGAACAAUCAAUUGAUGGAGACGAUGUUGAUGGAAACGAAGACUUUUCAAUGAAUUUACCAAAAGUAGAUGAAUUAGCACGUUAUUCAGCUAUGGAAAUUGAUAAAUCAACAUUAACAAAUAAUCCUCUUGAUUUUUGGAGAAUUAAUCAAAAUGAUUUUCCACUUCUAUCAAGAGUCGCUCGACAAAUUCAUAGUAUUCCAGCGUCUUCUGCAGCAGUUGAACGUCAGUUCAGUGGUGCUGGUCUUGUCAUCAAUGAACGUCGGACUUCUUUACAUCCGGAUCAAGUCGACAACAUUCUCUUUAUUCGUUCAAUGCAGAAAAUGAAACUCGCUGAAUAA